CCAGCGCCCGCCCGCACCCAGACACAAUCAGGGUCGCCUGCGCUACCCAAAAAGUACCUAGAGGUAGGUAGAGAGGCACAGGCUCGCUCGCUCGCCCGCCCAGGCAACUCAGCGCCCACUUGCAACCCGCCCGCUCUGCCCUGUCCGGCCCAGCCUGGCUUGGGACGCGUCGCUAUGCUUGCUGCUCCUCUGCGUCUGGCCUGCCCGCACAGCAGGCCAAGUUCGCCCUUUCCCAUCCAUCAUUUCCCACCUGGCUGCACUCCACCUUGCACCCGCCCUUCUCCCUCUCGCCCGCCCAGCCGCACACACACACACACACACUCACUCCCUCUCUUCUCCAUUCCUCUUCCCUCUACCCACCACUGCUCCGUGCAUUCUCCCUCUUUUCUAUCCACGGCUGCCCGACCUCGACGAAGUUAUCCUACACAAGCCACCGACACCGACUCCGCCCGUUGUCCGCAGACUCUGUUACCGCGACACUCAACAUCUUUCGCCUCGUCAACCAGUUCGACCGAUUCCUGUCUCCUGGCCUUUGUCGUCACGGUCGUCCACUCGAACAGACGAUCCCUCCUCUGUGUCCGAAGAGCCACCGGAGCUCAAUUCGCUUCACGUCACCACGCUCGGACUGCACGUCGAGACACAACCCUCGCCAGCUUGUGGGCGCUGGCACACAGUUCUCGCUGGCGGCGCUCCUAGACACGUCGCUCCGGUGUUUCGUGAAUCUGUGCAAUCUGCGCAACAAGGCCGCCUCCUUGUCUGCGACCGUCCUACGACACUAACCAGGUCUUUGCCAUCACGAACGCGUUGCUCCUCGCUCCACGUGCAAAGAUCCACGACCCUUGACGCGC